GGCCGCUACUACCGAUCCAAAAAAAAAUACAACGAUAUUGAGGACUCAUUUUCUUUAAAAGUAAAACCAAUUUAUCGGUACAUAAAAUUGGGUUUUUUGGUAACAUACUGGUUAAUAUUUACUGUAACACAUGUAGACAUUGAGAUAGCAGGUGAGCCAAUCAGCGACAAAGUUAAGUUGAAUCUCGAGGGGCCACUAGUCCCCGUAUUGCAGACGGAUGACGUUAAUCCUUCGUAUCAUAUCAUUGUCUGGCUGGAGUUAAUUGCUGAUUAUAAUAACACCGAUAAUUAUUCCCAAGCACUGACUGAGAGAUGGGUGGUUCCAAUUCUGCCCUUGAACUUGCUCCAAGUCUUCCCAAAACAAGAAGCGCAGAAAACGCUGGACGUCUUGAAAUACGAUAGAAAAUUAGCAGGAAGAUUGAGAUUGAGUUUUGAAACAAACUCGCCGAAGAAAUUAAAAAUUUCGUAUGUUCUUGAUCUGUCUCCAGCAACCGCUGAUAAUGGUCUACUCUAUGGAACGAUUAUUUUGUUUGGACUUUAUUUUUUCAUCAUUUUUGAUGUCAUCAAUCGGGCUCUUGCUGCGAUGCUUGCUUCGACUAUGUCUUUGGCUGUUUUGGCGCUUUUGAAUCAGAUAACAAAUGGUAAAGUUUGGCCAUUAAUUUAUACUCUCUGUAUCUUCACCGCAAUUUUAUCAUCUUUUCUUGACAACACAACAAUGGUCUUACUAAUGACACCCGUCACAAUCCGACUUUGUGAAGUAAUGGAACUAAACCCCGUUCCAAUAUUGACAGCAAUGGUAAUUUACUCAAAUAUCGGCGGAACCCUAACACCGGUUGGUGAUCCACCGAAUGUUAUAAUCACCACUAACAAAAAAGUCAUUGCAGCGGGUGUUGAUUUCAGUAACUUCGUGUUACACAUGAGCAUUGGUGUCGUAUUGGCCGUAAUAGUCGCAAGUUUCCAGCUGAAACACAUUUUCCACGACACGAAGCUGCUAAAAUUCGGCGAGCCUCUUCAAAUCCAAGAAAUGCGGCACGAAAUCGCGAUUUGGCAGCGCGCUGCAGCCAGCUUGUCAAGUUACAGUCGGGAAGAAAAGUUAGUGCGCGACAUUUUGCUGCAGAAAGUGCAGACACUUAGCGCUGCAUUAGACAGCAAAUUAACUACGGGAAGAAUAAGUUCGUUGAAGUACAGGUCAACGCUCGAAGAACUUCAAGACAAGUAUCAAAUACGCGACAAAUGGAUGUUAUUAAAAACAAGUAUUACUUUAAUCUUCGUGAUAGUACUUUUUUUCCUGCAUAACUUGCCUAACGUUAAUUUAUCACUCGGGUGGACGACCUUGCUGGGAGUUUUCCUCAUCCUCAUCCUGGCGGACACUAAAGAUUUGGACGGAAUUCUUGCCCGAGUCGAGUGGAGCACCUUGAUAUUUUUUGCGGCUUUGUUCAUCCUUAUGGAGGCACUUUCUUGCUUGGGCUUGAUCGCCUGGAUCGGCAAACAAACCGAGAUAAUAAUCCUGUCAGUACGCGAAGAGUUUAGAUUAGCCGUAGCCAUUAUUUUGAUUUUAUGGGUAUCAGGAAUUGCCAGCGCCUUUGUAGAUAACGUUUCUUUGACGACUAUGAUGAUCAGAAUCAUAACGAACUUAUCGCAGAAUAAUGAGCUCGGGCUGCCUCUCCAGCCGCUGGUUUGGGCCUUGGCCUACGGAGCUUGCAUGGGAGGUAAUGCGACUCUCAUUGGAGCUACGGCAAAUGUUGUCUGUGCUGGAGUCGCUGAACAACAUGGAUAUCCGUUUACAUUCAUGCAAUUUUUUAAGUAA